GUUUAACCAAAAAUACAUCAAAAUGAAAACUUUUUUGUGGGACGGAGAGAGUAUGUUUUUCGUCUCACAUGUAACCUAUUAUUCGAGUUCUCGUGAAUUGAACCCGGAUUUUUGAAGAUUCUUGAUAUUGGUUUGGAGAUCUUAAAAAUCAUUAUUCUGUCAAAUCUUUUAAUAGCAGAAUCCAUGGCUUGCAAGGAAGCUUUUUCAUGGGUCAAAAGCUCCCUAUUAACUAAUAAGAGUAAAUUGGAGACAAGAUGCCUUUAUGACUCUAUCUCUCUCACUCGCUCUCUGUGACUAUUGAAUGGCAUUGGUUCGAAAUCCCUCUACUGAAGUCACAGCUGGGAUGUGGGUAUCUGUUGCUAGUCCUAGUUCAUUGGGUCAUCAUCAGUUUUCUCACAGAAUCUCUGAGCAAUUUCACUCUUUCAAGUACCCACCAAGAAGAACGGUUUCCUGCAAGCUCGAGUCAAUGGGAUUCGAAGAAAGAAUGAGUCCCAAUGAGGUGAAGAAAGAAAUCAAGCAGUGCUAUGAACUGAUACAUAAGCUCGGUAGGGGCGUUGUGUACUUGGGAUCUUCAAGGCUUGGCCCAAACCAUCCACACUACUCACAAGCAUUCGAAUUGGGAAGAGACAUUGCAACACUUUUAGAUUGCACGUCCUGGUCCGGGGUGGGACCGGGCCUUAUGGACGCAGUCACACAAGGGGCCUUACAGGCUGGAAAAGCCGUUGGUGGAUUCAAGAUAGCUAAAGAAGGUGGGGAAUGGACCUCGAAAAUGCCUCAUCCGUACUUGCCAUCCCAAACAUACCUUACUUGCAGGUUUUUCUCUGCAAGGAAGCAUGGUUUGGUGGACGCCGCUAUGAGAAGUGGUUGCUUGGAUAAGACAGCUGUGGUGGCACUACCUGGCGGCGUUGGAACCUUGGAUGAAGUUUUUGAGCUCAUGGCAUUGAGGCAACUUGACCGAGUUGGUUCGCUUCUCCCCUUUCCCUUCCUCCUCAUGAACUACGAUUCGUUUUAUUCAAAGCUUCUUGAGUUCCUUCGUGACUGUGAGGAUUUCGGCACGCUCUCGCCCGGCGAGGCUACAUCAUUGUUGAAAGUUUGUGACAGUAACACUGAAGCUUUGGCAUAUUUGUCUGAAUUUUAUCAUAUUUCCCAUUAGGGGUACUCAAGCACUUCAUCUGCAUUGUACUAAUAAACAUUAUUAUUUGGUGUUGUUGUAAUUUGUAAGGAUCAUUUAUCAUAUACCAAUAUAAAUCUCCGAGAUGGGCUACCGGUCCCGGAUUUCUUUUUUUUUUCUGUUUUUAUUAAGUUGAAUUUUUAGUGCAAAAAAGAUACUCGUAUAUGGUUAAAAUACUUAUUUAAAUGUUUGUACUUGUAAAAUAGUUCAUCUAAAUGUAGUAAAUGUUUCUCAAAGUUGAGAUAAGAAAAAUUAAUUCCGGUU